AUGUCUUUCUCGUUGUUUGCACCUGGGAGCUCCAAGCAGUUUUUCAGAAUAUCGCAGACAUCCGUGCGACACGCAGGGAGGAAAGCAGAGGCGACUGGUGGGGAUCCUAAAAAAGAAAUCCUUCGUCGUGUUCUAUAUCCCAGCAAUAUUCGUAAUAAACCCACUCCAAUUGGAACAUGGAGACCAGACGUUGGUCGCGCCCUUCAGCGCGCCAUACCCUCUGUUCAGGCGCACGAAACCAUAGAGCGAGCAUGGCUUCUUCACCAACGUCACCAGCGAAAAAAGCGGGAAGCAGAGUUGGCGAGGAAACUUGAGUGCAUGAAGCAAGCCAUGAUUGAACUGGAGGGGAUCGAUUCUCGCCUUUAUAUGGAGGCAAAUAAGCAUGAGGAUCCAAGGAGAAGGAGUGAGGUCGAGGUUGAGAUGAUGAAGUCUAUGUCGGAGCCAGAGAAAAGAGCAAUGGAGUCGAGAGCACGCGGCCUCUUCCCCCGGGAGCUGCGAAUACCAACCGACACUCCCCCUCGAGCUGGAUGGAACUACGAGUGGAAGCCAUUCACGCGUCCAAUAUAA